UGACCUCGUAGGGCACAACGGUGCAACGCGCUCGAGUAGUGGAGAAGCAGUUGUGGGCGACGGUGUGGAACUGGUCCCAGGCGACGGUGAGGAACCGGUCCUUUGGAUAAGGUAUACCAAAGAUCUACAACUGUCUCCAUUGGAUGCUCCUGUCCACUCCUUGCAGCCAGGCGACUCCGUGCUCGUGCGUACCUGGAAGGACGAACCCCUACAGGAACAGUUGAAGGGACCAUACACAGUCUUGCUGGUUUCCCACACGGCAGCCAAGGUUGUGGGACACAAGACCCGGAUUCAUCAUUCCCAUCUGAAGAAAGUACCAGCUCCAGCAUCAACGGACCGGUGGACUGUACAGCACGUCAGUGAUCCCAGUGAUACUGAUCUUGGACUAAAACUGUAGUUUAAACGACAUAAGGGCCAAACCUAACUCUCUUUAGUCUCUUAGGCCCUAUAUGGGUGGAAGCCCUCCUGUAGAGUCUCACAUUCCCCCUAUUAGUCAGCCAUACUACUGCCCCCAUCAACAUCGGUGGGUGGUACACGUUUUUGUAUACAGGGGCCCCAAUCAAAGGGUUCACGGGUUCUUAUCACCCUCCUCUCCUCCUGUGCCAUUUGAUUCUGUUUGGGUACAGGUCUGUAGAGAGUCCCGACAUCAUUUCCACCCUCAUCAGCAUUAAGUGUUAAAUGCAGUGUUUUCCCUUUGGGCGCCCUAAUUCCCUUCCCCAAGAGUACCCUCACGAUUGGUUGUAUUUGUCCUCUCAGGAAUGGCCCUGCCUGGCAAUAUGGGUCCUUUUGUUUUUCAUAUGCCUUCUAGUUGUCCUUCUUAUUCUUUGGGGUUUUGGCAACCUAGGAUUUUAGGCCCUCUAUGGCUCCUUUGGGCCAUAUUCCUCCCUCUUGGGAUAGCCCAACUACAUGCCGGUUGGGGUUCCAACCCUCCUAAGGAUUUUACUGUUAACACCUUUGAAGCCCUAAAGAUUGCUUUUGCCCAUGAGUUUAAUUUUUCCAAUUGUUGGAUUUGUGUCCAAAUCCCACAUCACGCUGCUGGGCUACCCUGGAGAGUUGUUCCCCAAAAUUGGUCAGACUUCUGUCAAAGGUGGAUGGUAACCACAUACAGCACCUCUACUAAUGCAGGUUUACGAAGUAAUUGUACCAAAGAGGCCCUUUAUGGUUUACACAAUGGCUCUUGGAUUCCUUAUUAUAAUACUACACUUAAGCCCCAUCCAAUUUGGUUGCGCUCUUCACCCGCUGGUCUCAUGUGCUUUCAGCAAUCCAGUACAAGUAACCAUACCUGGUUUGCAGGAAGUAGUACAUGUAGGUUCUAUAUUGGUCCUGGUAUAAAUUUCACUGUCCCUUUAGUAACUGCCACUGGUCAACAGACCGGCAGUAGAACUUUCUCUCUCUCCACAAAUGAUACUCUACGAAACCAGAAAGGAAACAAUGGAAAGGCUAGCUAUGAUGAAUCAUUCUGGGUCUGUGGUAAUAGUGCCUAUAAAUGGCUUCCUCUUGGCUGGUAUGGAAGUUGUUAUUUGGGCUAUCUUGCUCCUCCUCUCCGUGUCCUGGCCCAGGCCCCCUCAGGUCGCCCCAGGUAUCAGCGAUCUCUAUAUGCCACCGUUGAGCCUAUCAGUCAGGGAGAUAGGUUUGGAAUGAUAUUCCUUCCAUCAUGUGGGGUGGGACGACUAGCCCAACUUUAUCAAAAGCUUUCUGUGUUCCUCACCCAGUUUGCCAAUAACACGCUGGCCAUAGAAAAAAGCAUCAGUUCUGAGCUUUAUCAGCUCCGCCUGCUGGCCCUACAAAAUCGCCAAGCUCUAGAUUAUGUUCUGGCUUCACAGGGCGGAGUAUGUGCCCUUAUUGGGAAAGAAUGCUGUACAUAUGUCCCAGACAAUGCAGAGGACAUCAAUAAGCACAUUUUAUCCACCGAGCAGGCUUUUAACCAGUGAAAGGCCCUGGAUCAGGCUCCCUCCCUAUUUGAUACUGUCUUUAGUUGGCUGCCCAAUCUCGGAUGGGUGGGAACAGGGCUAAUUCGCCUCCUGCUCACA